CGUCGAGCACGUCGCAAGGAUUUAUUGAGGAUUUGUAAAACUUUAUUAAAACACGGAGACAAACGAAGGAGAGAGAGAAACUGACAGGAGAAGCGGAGUUAGGGGAAGUUUCGUUGCGUUCACCAACUUUUCCAGUGUUUUCCAGAAGGAGCUGGAGGAAGGAAGGAUGAGAAUAAACGUGGAGUGAAGGGAGUGGACAUGUUCGAAAGCUCGACGUCACUUUGUUUCCUCAGACGACUCGUGUCUCUCUCAGGUUGAGUAAUGGUGACCUGCUGUUUCUGCUCCGUGUCUUCCAGCCUGAGCUGCUGACAUGAGACCUUGCUGUUCUCAGCGCUGAGGAGGAAACACACUUCUUCUUCUUCUUCUUCUUCACCUUCUUCUGCUGCGUGUGUCCCCCACAAAGACACGACUGUCUCAUGUCCAAGGAGACGGUCCUUCCUCCGGAUGUGCCAGGGCCAGUCAAGGGCCCCCAGCAGGAGAGCAGUCCUCUGCUGUCAGCCUCUCACGAUGCUCGUGACAGCGAAUCGUCAGGAAGAACGUCAUCUCCCAGGAAACCAGUCGCCGGAGGACGAAGUCACGUGACGGAUAACUGCGAGCCCGUAAGAACUCAACCUCACUCUGAGUCUCAAGCCGUUCCCUUGGAGCUCGCAGAGGGAGACGCUGACAAGGACCAAGAUGGCCUUCCCCACAACGGCACUGGCACGGCCCCACUGAGUAACGGCAGAGGAAUCCACCCUGGCAUCGAUGGCGCCACACGCACGUGCACUUGCACUUGUGGUGCCAACAUCAGCACGGGCGCAGAGAGCGGCUCAGGCCCGAGCACAAGAGCGACUGAGCGGCCGACGACAGAGCAGCCCAGGAAGCAGCCGUCCACACCGGUGUCGCAGAGGAUGCAGAGGAAAUUAAGGUCCAGCUUGUCGGUCAACAGUGACAGCAGCAGACGCAGCAAAGGCAGUUCCACUGGGUCACAGAGAGCUCCGCUUCCAGAGGACUGCUGUGUGCACUGCAUCCUCGCCUGCCUGUUCUGCGAGUUCCUGACGCUCUGCAACAUGGUGGCGACGCAGGCCUCAUGCGGUGCCUGCUCGCCGGAGGCCUGCUGCUGCUGCUGCUGCAGCGACGAUAUGGGCGACGACUGCAACUGUCCAUGUGACACUGACUGUGGCAUCAUGGACGCCUGCUGCGAGUCCUCGGACUGCCUGGAAUUCUGUAUGGAGUGCUGCGGCAUCUGCUUCCCCACAUAGGGAGGAGGCCGGCGCUGCUGCGGACCAGCGUGACUCUGCAGGGGAUAACUGGAAAGAAAAUAUGGAAGGAUGCUGCUGUCACUUUGAAUUCAGCAACAAGCAGAGGGAAUAAGUGUGUGUUUGUGUGUGUGAAUGUGAACUUAUGAGUGCUGUUGAGUGUGUGAAAUAGUAUGAGCUGGCUGAGUAAAACGUGCAUUUCAAGAUGUAUUGACACUGAGCUCCACCAUCAAAACCAGCAUAGCACGGGCUAGAAGUAACUCCAGAUAUAUGAACGUGUCAUUUAAAUCUUUAGUUUAUCGUUUAUAUUUGUUUCUGUUAAGUAUUCUGUUCUUAGCGACAAAAAAAAAAGUAUUAUCACAGAUUUUAUUGUUACAUCAGGAAUGCUGUUUGUAUCUUUUCUUGCCCUUUUUUUUUUUGUUAAUUUUCAUUUUCAGUACUUCUGUGUUUUUUAUGCUCAGGAACUGAGGUUACAGUCUUAGUUCUGUACAACACUGUAAAAAUUAGAGAUGUUCCGAUACUCAGAAAUCAGAAAAGUUUCCACGGUGAGUCUGCAAAUCAAUGUAACGAUCCAAUACAAGUCUUUCAAGUAGAUUAUUUCCCCCCUGAUAAAACUCUUAUCCUGAAAAUAAGUUAUUCAUCCAAAAACAGCAGUUGCCACUGGUUUUAGAGGGUUGUUCAUCUAAUUGGCUUCACACAAAAACAUGUGUGUUUUGUAAAUUAAAAGACAAAGUGCAGUGCUGAUGCCAUUUGGACCUGUGGUACCUUCAAUAUAAACGGGAAUAAACAGGUGAAGAGCUUUUAUUUUGAAAAGUUGUGAAAAUGUGUCUGAAGAUUGCGUCGAUGGCCUAACAGACCUCUUUUUACAACCAAAAUGUAAGGACUAAUUCUGAGGUAUACUCUGGACGCAGCCCAGUCCAAACUGGCAGGUUUACAAAGAGCACUACACUAGUUUUAUUAAAAUGCACCGUCUCAGAUUGGUACUCUGUAACGGCCGAUAUGCAAACUCAGAAUCUGGAUCGGGAACAGCAAAAUGGUAUCGGUACAUCUCUAGUAAAUAUGUUUAUGUGACAGUUCCUACACUCUUAGAUUCAUACUAUAUUUUUGCAACACACUUUCACUUACACACAGUCUGACUGUGGCACUGUAGAACAAUUAAAACUAGUGAAAUAUCAGAGGCGAAUAAGCACAUCAUAUCAUCUGCUUAGGGAAUGUUGUAGAGACCGAAUGCUUCAUGUUGUCAUGAUGACAGAAACAAACUGCACAAAAUUGCUGAUAAUUGUAAUGUUCAAAAGUACUGGAAUGUCUAUGACCAACCGCUUGAUUUGGCACUAUUUGAAUCCUUGGGUUUACUGGAAAUACAGUGCACAUCCUCACAUGUUUAGUACAAAAGCGUCUGACCAGCUCACUGUACAGUUUCCUGCCAGAUAAACAACAUCUGCAGCUUAUGUCUUCAUUCCUUGGAACGUCCUCCUCUGCCAUUAGCCAUCGACGAUAAGGCUUUGUCAGUUGCCUAUGGUACAAGCCGCCUCUUGCGAUGCUGCCUUACAUACAUACUGUGUAAGUGUGACUUGUUGAACCGCGCUCUCUGCUCACGAGGGCUGUGAUAAGGAAUUAAGAAAUGGUGACCCUGGUUGCAAUAUAAGCGGCUUUCCGCGGAAUCAAGCCCAGUGGCUCACAAUACAAAGGAAUCAUGAACUGUCACAACGAAGUGGUAAACUAAUGCAGGGUAAAGGCAGUUUUCUUAUUUUUUUCUCCUCUUUCUAUCUCUGUUCCUUAAUUCUGUGUAUUUGGAGAUGAGGUUGUGGUGUGAAUCACCAGCGGAGUCAUUUUCUUGUCUAGCAGAUUUGCUUUGAUGGUGUUUAAGUGAUGACGCUUAAUGCUGGCCCUUCAUUAGCACCGCUCGAUAACAACAAAAAAAGAAUGUCCCUCUGUAAAGCCAACAAAGAGAAUGUGCUGGCAUGCGCGGCUCGUCUUAAUGGCGUGCUGUCAUUGUGUAAGGAAUUUGGACGGGCACCUCCGUGCAACCUCAUUCUCUUGUUUAUGAUUAACUCAAGCUCCUCAUGGGCUGAAGAGUCAACACCAUACACAUAAUGUGAAGAAUUUAUGUAAAAAAGAAAACAUGUACACAUGUAGCUACAGUCCUCCGAUACUAUACUGUUGUUUUUUAUUCUGUUCCUUACACUUGAUCCUUCUCAUUUUUAAUUCUG